UCUACAGAGACUUACGUUCAGAGACUUGAAGACACUUAGUAACAAAUCUAUGGUGGAUUUAAAAGGAAUUUUAAGAGCGAGAAGGAUUUUAUAUUAACAGCUGAAUCCAUUGACGUUAUCACCAGACGGGAAAAUAUGAAUUUGUCAAAUGUUUUGCGACUUUUCGUGUAUGCCCUCGUGGCUGUGUCAUCGGUGAGUUGUGCAUCUGUAACGAGGUUUGAGAGCCAGAGCCCUGUACAAACAACUGAGAUAGAUGUACUGAAUGAACGGAGGUCUUCUGUGGACAACAAGGAGGUGGAAUAUCACGAUGAAGAGGAAUAUUACUAUGAUGAUGAAGAGGACAAUGAGUUUUCUGGGGAAUAUGGUUUGCCUCUAGUUGCGUUUUCAAGCAAACCCAAGGAUCCAAGUGCCGUUUUGAAUGCAGAACCACUUGAAGGCUCAAAGAGCAAGGGCCAAGGAAGGAAGAGAGGAAAAGGAAAAGGCAAGAAGAGGAAUCCUUGUCUGAAAAAAUACAAGGACUUUUGUAUCCACGGGACCUGCCAGUAUCUGCAGGGCUUAAAGGGGCCUUCAUGCAUAUGUGAUCAGGGCUACUCGGGAGAGCGAUGUCACUUCUUCUCGUUGGAAUUAAAGACGAAUGAGGGAGCGUACAACCGAACAACGGCGCUGGCUGUGGUGGCUGUGGUUCUCUCUACACUAUGUCUCACUAUCAUUGGACUUCUACUGGCUCUCAGGUUUCACAAGCGAGGUGCAUAUAAUGUGGAAAGUGAGGAGAAGAUUAAACUAGGAGCUGCGCCACACCACUAAGAGACUGGAGAGAAUGGCAACUGUGUGGAAAUUCUACCUCAAAAUAAAGCACCGAAGUUGAAUGUUUAUGUGGAACAGCGAGCGCAGCGUGCUGGACAAGAGGAUAGAGUGACAGUGUUUGUUGUUUGAAGGAAUCACAGCACAUCUGUGAAAGGUCUGACUCGCGAAUGACUCGCUAAAAUGUUCACAAGAGUGUCCAGUCAGCUGAAAACUUGUUUCGAACUGGAACUCUGACAGAUGGGCUUGGUCUGGAACAAACACUAAGCUGUUUGGACAUUUUAGUUGUAUACAGAAUGAGAAGGAAUGCACGCCUCUGGUUUGGGAAUGUAGUUUGGGUAUUGGGGGCGAGGCAUUGUCUGGUAUAGAAGAAAUCUCAACCGAAAUAAGUAUUCUUAUAAGCAUUUUUGUUCAAGGAAUGUUCCAGUUAAUACGAGUUUAGCUCAUUCGACAGCAAAAUAUUGAUUACUUGUUAUAUUGUGCCACAAAUGCUGUUGAUUUAAGCUUAACUCGUAUUGAACCUGGAAUAUUCCUUCAUUGUCUGUGUAUUUAAUCUUUUUAGCUAUGCUUUAAUUUAUUUAUUUAUGUAAAUAUUGAUAUUUAUUUGGAUUUAGACCAACCUUGUCCAGCCCUAUGCACUGGCAAUGUAUUUGACAGUCUCUGUUGUAUGUCAAUGUAAUAUUUUAUUUAUUAAAAAGCAAUUGUAAUAGGCUCAUGUGAGUACUGAAAAUGGUAGACUGAAAAUUGAAAUAAUAUUUAAAUCGUUUGCAAUUUUGAUAUUUUUGGAGCAUUUAAUGAAGAGAACAUUUUAUUAUCAUUUUAAUCUCCAGGACAGUGUUAGAAUGUAUUUCAGCAAACUUUUAAAAGAAGUCAUAUUUCAAUUUUUAUUUAAUUUUUUUAAGAGAAAGAAAAUAAAUUAAUUGUUUGGCCAGUAUAAUGCUAACACCGUUAAACAACAGUGUGCAAAAUAUGAAAUGUGAAUUACAUGUCCUAAUCACAAAGCUGUCUUUGAGUAGUUCAUCAUUUCUGUUUGUUUGUUUUGUAAAUCCAACACUAGAAGAGAUAAAGACAUUAUUUCUUUCUCACUGUCUCAUUAUAUGUGUGCCGUAUUUUGAAAUGCUCAAACAGGAAAAUUAAGGCAAAUAAAUAAAACUUUAUAAUUUAAAAC